AGAGGGGGCGCGCACGCAGGGAGGUGAAGGGGCGGCCGCGGCGGCGUCAUUCGCGGCGGGAGAAUGGCUGCAGCAGCGGAAUUGAACAAGUUUUUACUGGGACACAAUGGAAUUUCAAGUCAAAGCCAGAAUGUCGGGAUGGAUCCUUCACAUGCAUGUUGCAUACUGCAGCAGCUUAAAUGUAUGUACGAUGAACAGCAGCUGACAGACAUUGUGGUGGAGGUAGAUCAUGGAAAAACGUUUUCCUGUCACCGAAAUGUACUCGCUGCAAUUAGUCCUUACUUUAGGUCUAUGUUCACAAGUGGCCUUACAGAGAGCACCCAGAGAAGAGUGCGGAUUGUGGGAGUGGAAGAGGAUGCAAUGCGGCUUGUGUUGGACUAUGCAUAUACUUCCCGAAUAUUGCUGACGGAGGUCAAUGUGCAGGCUCUUUUUACAGCUGCUAGUCUCUUCCAAAUCCCAUCCUUGCAGGACCAGUGUGCCCAGUACAUGGUCAGCCGAUUGGAUCCGCAGAAUUCCAUCGGGGUCUUCAUGUUUGCUGAUGCUUAUGGACACAGGGAGUUGAAGGAGAAAUCGCAAGAUUACAUUAGAAAGAAAAUAUUAUGUGUUGCCAAAGAGCAAGAAUUCCUCCAUUUGACUAAAGACCAGCUCACGAGCAUCCUAAACAGUGAUGACUUAAACGUAGAGAAGGAAGAGCACGUUUAUGAAAGCAUCAUUCUGUGGCUCGAGCAUAACAGAGACAAACGGGAACCGGAUCUUGUGGACGUUUUUGCCAAAUGUAUACGCGUACCUCUGAUAGAUGAAAACUUUUUGCAGAAAAUCCCUUGCACUUUUGCACAGGCUAUGGCUUGCAGCUCCUCGGAAGAUGGAAACUGUGAAGGGGCAGACGGCUGUAAGCCAAGACUUGGUAUGACUGCCUCGCAGAUGAUUAUCUGCUUCGAAGCUGCCAACAAACACUCAGGGAAGAAACAAACUGUGCCUUGUUUAGAUACCGUCACGGGAGAAGUCUUCAAAUUAUGCAAACCCCCAAAUGACCUGAGGGAGGUGGGAAUCCUGGUGUCGCCUGACAAUGACAUUUACAUUGCAGGAGGUUACAGGCCAAGUAACAGUGACGUUUCCAUAGAUCACAAGGCCGAGAGUGAUUUCUGGAUGCACGACCAUGUUGCUAAUAGGUGGCUGCCCAGAGCUCCAUUGCUCAGGGCACGCAUUGGCUGUAAGCUAGUUUAUUGUGUUAGCAAGAUUUAUGCAAUUGGAGGCCGUGUGUACGAAGGUGAUGGGCGGAAUGCACUAAAAUCAGUGGAGAGCUACGACGGCAGGGACAACUGCUGGAUAGCUGUGUGUCCAAUGCCUGUCGCUAUGGAGUUUCACACUGCAGUGGAGCAUCAGGAUAAUAUCUAUGUAUUGCAAGGGGAAUUUUUUCUGUGCUACAACCCUCACAAAGACUACUGGGGUUGUCUGACACCAAUGAGCGUGCCUAGAUCUGCAGGAUUAUCCGCUGUCUGCAAAGAUUGUAUCUAUUACGUGGCUGGGAUUUGCAAAGCACAUCAGCGGAUGCCCGCGGUCGAGGCUUAUGACAUCCAACUUAAUAAAUGGAUAAGGAAGAAGGAUCUCCCAUUGGAUCAGUCCACAAACCCCUACAUUAAACUCUUCCUGCUCCUUAACAAACUGCACCUCUUUGUGCGGGCAACGCAGGUGGUGGUGGAGGAGCAUGUUUUCCGUACAAGCCGCAAGAACUCUUUGUACCAGUACGACGAAGAAUCCGACCAGUGGAAGAAAGUGUACGAGUCACCAGACAAGCUAUGGGAUCUUGGCCGCCAUUUUGAAUGUGUUGUCGCCAAACUUUAUCCACAAUGUCUUCAGAAAGUGUUUUGAUUUACUUUUGGCAUCCUGCAUGAAAUAACGUGUGACAUGGGCUAACAAUAUUUUGUGUGAGGAAAGUGGCUGUUUUAAAAGCACUGAUGAAACUGGAUGGGUGCUUUUGAAAGUAGCAGUCUUUUGAACUGGUUCAAAAGUUUAGUUUUCUAAUCAAUUUUACUAACUUCACUGGUGCUGGGGAAUAUAAAAGUGCAAUUACUUACUUGGAUUACCUUUUUUUUUUUUUUAAUUAUCUGGUUCUUUCAAUGGCAUUUCUUCUUGUACAGCUGUCAUCCAUUGCCUGGCAACCUUAAAACUAUGCAGACUAACGGGCAAAAUUCAGCUUGUCAGUAAGAAUUUGCUUUGCCCAUUGGUAUGGAAAAACUCUGAAGCCUUUAAGAUACGGGUAUGAAUUUAAGUUCUGCAGACGCUUGUAAUUGUGUGUCUGUAUUUGUGCGUUGAGUAUGUUACGUUUAGUUACUUGACAUGAUUGUGAAGAUAUUUUGGCUGGAUCUGAAUGAGAAAGAAGUUCAGCAUCCAUGGACGACCAAACGUAACAGUUUAAAUAUACGGAGGAGAAACCUUGAAAUUGGCACCCACGGAAUUGUUUUUUUUUUCCAUCCUGUCCCUUUCAUUACUUAAGGAGAACAUUUUUCAUUUCUAAUUACACACCUUUUGAAUACUCAUAAUAUACAUUUAACAAGUGUCAAUUCCAAGCUCUGUAAUGAAACAAACAUAACUACUUUAGGUGCAUUUACCAAAAAAUAGUUCGAGGAGGGUGGAGAUGUAUUUGGUCUUUUUCAAAACAUUGGUCUCUGAGCUUCAUUGUCAUUCUUAGUGUGGUAGCACAGAACCCGAGCAAUGAUAUUUGUACCACAACAUUCAAUGUGGUUCAUUUGUUAGUCAGAACAGACCAGAAUUGAGUGAUGGGGCAAUUUUGGUUCUUCAUUCUCCAGCCUCUCCAAUUGACUUGAGCUACAACGGCAUCUAAAAAAAAGCAUUCAAACGUUCAAUGUUUGUAUUUUGUGCUUGCACUGCAUCUUUCUCCCCCCCCCCCCAAUUCUCUUAAACCGUUUUCAACUAUUUGACACCUAAAUAUGGUGUACUGGCUGUUAUGUAAACCAUUCCUCCCUUGGUUUAAUUUCAUAUUCACACGUUGUCUUAACAGUUUAAUGUGCCCUGAUUUUAAUGCCAUCUGCAUUCUGCUCAUCACUGCAAAUGUACAUAUCACAUAUGAGUUUCAAAAAUCCUUUUGCAUACAGUUUUUGGGAAAGCAUUGAUAGAAACUGCAUAGAAAGACAGGGAAAUUAGAAGCCUGAAAUGUAUGUUAGAACGAUGAUUACAGGCAAAAUUAAAUCUGCUUUCUUUGUGCAAACCUUGUAAGAAGACCAUGACUGAACUGGUAAUCAGCAGUCACUAUUGUACAAAUUAAAUCCUUGACCAGAACUUUUCUACUCGUUCAAGUGUGUACUGAAGGGAAUAAAAUGUGAAUUUGGUUGAACUGUUUCUGAUGCAUUUGAGGCUAGAAAUGUCAACCCCUAUGUAUGUCAUCUGCACUAUUUUUAGCACAGUUUAGUCUUAAAUGAUAUUUUAGAUCUUAUCUAUUUCCAAACUGUUCUUUGUCAAAAUAAGACCUUCUAACAAGCUAAAAGCAACUAAUUUUGUACAGCCCAGAAUUAUAACCUAUUUGUAAUUCACUGCAGGUGCAACAAUAUUUUAUGCAUUUCUCAAAACAUGCACAUUGUUUAAAAUUGAAUGGAGUAACAUACGAAAUGCAGCAAAUAGAUUAUGUAUACUAAAUGGCAUUAAUAUCUUCCCAGGAAAAAUAUUGCAGUUGUAGAAACCAAAUUGUACAUAAUUAGGAUUGCUGCCUUAUGGUCACAAGUUCCAUCCUUGCUCUUCAGUCUCAAAUUUACUUGGAAAAGGUGAAUUUGCCUCUUCCGUGUUCAAUCUCAGAUGAGCAGCACUAAUUUGAACAUUUUUGGUAUUGAUUUUGUAUAAUGCGUAAUUUGAUGGAUUUCCAAUAGACUGGAUACCUUGGCGGAACAUUCUAAUGUACUUGAAUCUUGAUUUGAAGAAUAUGCAGCGUUGGAGUGCUUGGGUAUCUUUAAAUUCAUUUGAGGGUGAAUUUUUCAUGGUUAGAAUGCAAAGCCAAAAUCACCUGACAUUUUAUACUUAAAAUGAUCUAGCAUAAUGACAACGCCAGAUAACCCAGUGUUAUCUAACAAAACCAGUUGGUUAAAUUUGUCUGUAAAUAAAUUCCAGUUCUAUCUUGGUUCCACCCAGUAAGUCUUGACAUAAAGAUAAAUAUUGCCAAGCUGAAAUUAUUUUUUUCAUCCAGUUGACCAAAAGGUGUCUUCUGUGCUUUAAUUUAAAGUGCAGUCAGUUGCAAUUAAAAUAAUUUUAGGAUAACCUCUGAGGGAUUGGACAUGUUUAUUGACAAUUACUGAAUAUUGAAUAAUGCAGUGCAUUUGUCUACACUCUUGGCUAAACUGUGGUUGACACUGGGAACUUGCUUUUCAGCUCUAACUGCAAAAUUGAGGCAAGCUGUAGGCCUGAGUACAAGUUAAGCAAUCUUGGAAGUAGACUGAUGAUAGAUUAAUGUAAGGUCAUAGGCUUCAAAUCCAGAUAUGAUAGGAAGUUCUCCAACUGGAUUUUAAAGCAAAUUUAAUAUUUCAUUCCUGGUUGAAAUUCUUAGUCCGAUUCAUUCUAUUUGCUAGCACAGAUGGAUUCUAUUUUUGUUGUUGCUAUGUGGGUGUUUAAACCUUUGAAUUCCAGAGCUUUCCUCUGCUAUGUGAGACAAAGUUAGAUAUAGCAACAUCUUACUUGUGCCGUAGAUGUAAUAUUUCCGUGUGCACAAGAGCUACCAAUUAUACUAGCAAGCAUUCAGACUUUAAGCAUUCAUACUUCAUUGACAUGUAAGCCAGCCACCAUCUUAAAGUGUAUUAUACUGGGUGUCUCCCAGGUUAUUUUGAAACUGACAGUCACCUGCCACUUGGCCACAAUGUUGGUAUUUAAUAUACAUGGUGCAUUUUAAAAGGGAUGAAUACCUUAUAAUAGUUGGUAUUUACAUUUUCCAGAUUCCAUAACUUUUCAAUACUGCUCGGUUUGGACUACAGGGCUUGAAUUAUUUGAAGCUCUUUAAUGGUGCAGUCCUCUCUGCCACUGUAAUUAUGUCGUACUUCAAUGAAGGUAAUAUGAAAUAUUUCUUUGGACUGAAAUAUAAAAAUGGCAGCUACAUUUUAAAAUCUAAAUGUCAAAACUUAGUAUAUUCCCCACAUUCAGCAUAAGGUAAACUAAGUGCUAUGUAUUAUAAUAGGUUAUUAGCAAUAAUAAAGGUCCAGAAAACAGUUUGGUAGCAACAUUUUGGCUAUAAGCUUGUGUAUCGAUGAAGCUGGCCACAACUCUGGAAAUACUCAGCAUCACAAACCCUGACAGGUUACAAACUUGCUAUUUUCUUUGAUUCAUAAAAUUGUCAUUAUGGUGUUGGCCCGCUUGAAUAUUGUGCAUUUUUAACCACUCUACAAUUUGGUAACUGCUAACUUUUUAAAGCACCUUUCCAGGUUGUGUUGCAUUAAAUGUAAGAAACUAUACAGUGAGAUAUUUAAUUUUCAGAAUUUUUUUCUAAAUUAAACAAUAUUGCUGCUGUUUAGGACAAUCUUUAUUUAUAGAGGGUAUCAACAUUGGGGAGGGGAGGGGGGGCAAUUAAAUGAAGCUGCAGUUAGCUAGAAUUGAUUCAGCAAAUGAACCACAUCACACCAUAUAAUAUUCAACCUGUCUAGCUUGCAUUGUGAAAAUACAAAGCUGGUUUACGAUUUUUGUGACGUUGAAUACUGUGUUUUUGUAUAACACUUGUAGAAUUUAGAUAUUUGCCCUGUAGAUUUAGUGUUCUUUCCAUCAGCUGUCAAAGCUGCUCAUUCCAUUGUGUGCAAAGAUUUAGCUCUAGUUAACAUAUUUUUUUGUGAUUUGAAAUGUACGUUGAGAUUAUGACUUGAAUUAUGAGAUGUAAAAUAACAUCUAGCUGUACUUGCACAGGAUUUGAAUGCUUCAGAAUUGGUGUUCAGGCGGGAUAAGAUGGGUUACUUGAUACAUGAUGUAGUUUAAAGUACUGUGACUUGUAAUGAAAUGAGACUAUAUUCUUGAAAUAAACUGAUUAAAGGAUGAA